CGCUCGCUAUAGUUAUUCAUCAUCGCCAUUUCUUACUAUAAUAUUCAUACGUUACAUCGCCGGGUCCAUUGUUGUGGUGCUGUGGGCGUGACGUGUCCGCUCUGCGCCAGUAACUGCUCAUCAGCUUGAAUACACGGGAAAGGCUUGGCGCGUGCAUUUGCGACCGUGACUCGCCUUCCUCCUCCACGUAUUCAUAUUCUUUCUCUGUGAUCCGGGGGAAAUCAGUCGCCUAUUCUUCGUCAUCACAUGCGAUUGUGAGAAAUUUCAACAGAACCUGCGGGGUGCGCGGGAGUUGUGACACAUUACCGUCCGCCAGGUCUUAGCUCAAAGUCCCGGCGCGAUAUCACAGCAGCAUGGCCGCUCGUCACAAACGAAAGCUCGAAGCUUUUGAUCCCAACAAAUCGGAUUCAGACGAUUCAGACUACGACGCCACUUCAGCGCCAGCCCCUCGCUCCGCCAAACCGUCGCGUCGACAUAAGCCGACUUCCACCCGCAAACCAACGAAGCGCCGACGUGAGACAUACGGCGAUAGUGACGACGACGUCGAGCAGGACGGCGACGAUAUCAGUGACGAAGAAGGCUCCUUUGAUGAAGAUAGCGAAGAGGAGGAGCUGGAAGUGAACCCACGCACCGGUCGCGGCGUGCGAUCUGCAGCUAAGAAAGAGGUCAAAUACGAAGAGAGCGACGAAGACGAAGAGGACUCCGAUGCGUCCGACAGCGAUACCAAGUCGAGAGAGCCCCCUAAGAUUUCUCUCAAGAAGCGUACAGCGACGGGCGAGACGUCGAAGCAACGUUCAUUAAUCGUCAAAUUGAAGAUGAAUAGAGGCGAAAACAAGAGACAGCGGCCGGGCAGUCGCUCUUCUCGGCAAGACUUCAGUGCGGCUCCGGCGGGCACGCGACGAAGUAGCCGCAUAUCGCACGAUGAUGGCGAGGCGCUUGUUGCGCUUUCAAACUCUCUGAAGCAUGAGGUCGUGACGAGGGCCGGCACACAAACACCAGAACCGGUGGGAAAUCGUCGACCAACGCGUGGUGGCAAAGGUCUGAAGUCAUUGCCGAGCGCCAUUCUUGAAGUCUCACAAGAAGAGGGCGAUGAUUCGGUCAUCAUUCGGUCGUCACAAGCUAACCCGGAGGAAAUCACGUCGCAAUUAGAAGAGGCAGCGGGCGUCGAUCAGGACGAUGAUCCUGUGCCGACCUCUCGCACAUUGGCAGAUGACGAUGCAACAGAAAAGGACGAGGACGAAAACGAUGACAUCCCUAUGGAAGAAGCCCAGGAAGAGGAGCAUGUCGUGCAAGAGUCACAACAUGAUCCUGAAGACAAUGAUGACGAAGAUGCCCCCAUAGCACGGGGUGGCCGAGCAGCGCGUAACAAUCGAAGGAAGGCGUCCACACCGCCUGCUUCGCAAACCGGAACUUCGCGCCGAUCUUUGCGGACGCGCAAGUCUGCCACAGAGCCUAGUAGUGACUUUGAGCCGGAUGCGGAAGGCGAACACGAAGCCGAAGAGGAGAUGACUGACUCUGAUGAGCUGCUCAAGCCUACUCGUCUCGGCGGUAGUAGCAACGAAGGUAGUGCGAACGGCAGGCGUUCAGGUCGUCUUCGGAGCAAAGCAGGCUCUCAGCGGAGUCGAUCGAGACGCAAUGCAUCAGAAGAUGAAGCUGAUGAGGAGCUGGAUGUCGACGAAAUCGCUGACGAGGCCGCCGAGCUGGAUGAAGAUGCUCGCCGCAACCGUCGUCCAGCUCGACGCGCUCAGACUCGCAACACAGAAAUCUCCUACGAGCCCAAGCUGCGCGAUCGUGGCAAGAAACCGGACUAUCGUAUCUAUCGACCGGAGUACCUGCUCAAUGUGGACGAAGAGGAAAGCGCUGUGCCGGCGACAACUCCUCAGCGGAAUCGCCGUGGUGGCGGCCCAAAUUUCUAUCGCAGCCUCUUCUCGACAGUCGGCCCUUUCGGAGGCGCAGGAGAGCCUGCGCCUGUGUUUGGAGGUCCUGCUGGAGCCGCAGCCGCUGGCGGCGUCGACUCUGAUAGCAGUGACGACGAGGCCAGGGGCGGACAGGCUGGACUUGGUGGCACUGUGGGGAUGACACCCACCUCAGGAUUUCCGAAGCCAUUUUCUGCUCCUCAAGCACAUAAUAAUGACCCGAUCACGGGCGCCGGUGGUGGGCCUCCUGGCCUCGGUAAAGUCAAAGAUCGAAAAGCUCUGGCCGAUGCUGACCCUCUGGGUGUGGACCCCAAUGUCAAUUUCGACGGCGUUGGUGGCCUCGACAACCACAUUAAUCAGCUCAAGGAGAUGGUCAUGCUGCCUCUGCUCUAUCCGGAGCUAUUCCUGCGCUUCCAUGUAACUCCUCCUCGAGGUGUGCUCUUCCACGGUCCUCCUGGUACUGGUAAAACACUUCUCGCUCGAGCAUUGGCGUCAAGCGUGAGCUCGAACGGGCGUAAGGUCACGUUCUACAUGCGCAAGGGUGCUGAUGCCCUCAGCAAGUGGGUCGGAGAAGCAGAGAAGCAGCUUCGUCUACUUUUCGAAGAGGCGCGCAAGAAUCAGCCUAGUAUCAUCUUCUUUGACGAGAUUGAUGGCCUCGCGCCCGUUCGUUCUAGCAAGCAAGAACAGAUUCACGCAUCUAUCGUUGCCACACUUCUCGCGCUCAUGGACGGUAUGGAUGGCCGAGGUCAAGUCAUUGUCAUCGGUGCUACCAAUCGACCCGACUCAGUUGAUCCAGCUCUUCGUCGACCGGGUCGUUUCGACCGGGAAUUCUAUUUUCCCCUUCCCGAUCAAAGCGGUCGCCGCAAAAUCAUCGACAUCCAUACCAAAGGCUGGGAGCCUCCAUUGCAGGAUCCCUUCAAAGACCAGCUCGCUGAGAUCACUCGUGGAUAUGGUGGUGCAGAUCUGCGCGCUUUGUGCACUGAAGCCGCACUGAACGCUGUCCAGGGAACGUUCCCUCAGAUCUACUCCAGCGAGCAGAAACUGAUCGUUGAUCCUAGCGCAAUCAAGGUUCUUGCCAAGGAUUUCAUGAUCUCUGUGAAUAAGAUGAUUCCCUCAUCCGAGCGCUCAGCUGCGACAGGCGCGGCGCCGUUGAAGAAGGACAUCGAGCCUCUCCUUCGUGCUCCACUCGCCGCAAUCGCCGAGCGUCUGGAGGAGAUCAUUCCGCGCAAGAGGAAAAUCACGGCGCUCGAAGAGGCAUUGUAUGAUGAUCGCGAUGAUGAAUUUGGAUUCGAGAAGGAAACGCUGCAACGGAACUUCGAAUCCUCACGAAUCUUCAGGCCGCGCUUACUGAUCCAGGGUCGGGAAGGCAUGGGUCAGCAAUAUCUCGGCGCAGCAUUACUGAGCAAGUUUGAGGGACUCCAUGUGCAAAACUUCGACCUGCCGACUCUGAUGAAGGACUCUACACGGUCACCCGAAGCCGCCAUUGUACAGCUGUUCGAGGAAGUGAAGCGACACAAGCCGAGCGUCAUUUACAUCCCUAAUGUCGACAUCUGGUACGGGACGCUCAGUGAUUCCGCAUUGAGAACUUUCUCUGGGCUUCUGCGAAGCCUUCCUCCUACAGAUCCUGUCCUCUUGUUGGGUAUUAUGGACGUUGAUUCCAAUCAUGAAGAAGUCGAACCUGGCCUGAAGAAGUUAUUCCAAUACUCCAUGAAGAACCUUUACACCCUUGAGCGACCCAGCAAGGCCGCUCGUGCCGAAUUCUACCAGCCCAUCCUGGAGCUGCUUGCAAAGUCGCCGCUGGAGUUCCCGGAUUUGGAAAACCGGAAGAAACGUAAGCUCGAGGUCUUGCCGCUCGCGCCUAUUGCGCCCCCGCGACAACCGACCGAAGCCGAAUUGCGCGAGCAGAAGAAGAAGGAUCGAUUGGCCCUCAAUCAGCUUCGCAUAUUCCUCUUGCCCGUGAUGGAGCAGGUCAAGAAGUACAAACGUUUCCGAGCUCCUGUCGUCGACGAAAAUGUCAUCAGCUACCUCUUCGACGAUACUGACCCGAACGUGCUUUCCACCGAUCUGAGCGAAGAACAGCGGCAGCAACAGCAGCUCUACCGACCUUUUGAGCUGAGCAAGGACAAGCAUGGUCACCCUGGUAUCCGAGAGGUUGCCACGGGCAAAUUCUACUACAAUCUUGAGAUUGUGACCAUCGAGAAACGUCUAAACAAUGGUUAUUACAAACGACCAAUGGACUUCGUCGCCGACUUCAAGCGUAUCGCAAAGGACUCCAACGUCUCCGGCGACCAAGAGCGGACGAUGCGUGCCAAUGAUCUCCUGGCCACAGUGGAAGUUGACAUGGCUGCUCUGGAGGAAGCUCAACCGCAUCUAGCGGCACAGUGGAAUGCCGUAUAUGCUAGGGAACUGGAGCGUGAACGGAAGCAGAUCGAGAAAGCCCAAGAAGCGCGUCUCAAGGGUGAGAAGGUACCGGUCAUAAUAGCAAAUGUCCCACCUCCGAUAAGCUCAAAGACAACCUCGGACAACGCUUCCGGCCCUAUUAUGCUCGGACAGCACAUUCCAGGGCCACCGCCGCUAUUCCCUACCACUCCCAACCAGCUAGGCCCCAGGACGACCUCGGACUGGAGCACAACCAAUACGAACGGCACACAGAACACCAAUGGAUACACUGUGCCAUCGCGACCAGGACAUGAAGACAGCGAGCUUUAUGAGAGCAGCCAGGAUGUGUUGCAACCAGGCCACGUCACUGCAGGGCGCCCAGCACCACACUUGAGCUUCAGUCAGCCAGCUUCUAUCCGACAUGCUGGAUCCGCGCUCACGCACAUGCUUCCGGGCUCCAAUCCUGACCAAUAUGCCAACAGCGCAUCCUCUACAACUUCGGGCCAGAGGACCCACCACCACACCACGAAUAGCAGCGGGCGCACCAGUGGGCAUUCGAAUGGGGUUGGCCAUGACAUACCCGACUAUGCCAGGUCAGGACUCUACAAUAACAAUGCCAGUCAAUUCACCGAUACCCAACCGCCUUCUGUCGCGUCGCAGCUGACGCCGCCGGAUUCGCGCAUGCCGCCUCCCCACCGUGAAGGUCGCGCCGUCCCCGUUGACGCGCUAGUGAAUGACCCUGCUGAGCCAGCACAAGGACAACCGGGGCAGUACUCUCGCGCACAAUAUACACAUCCUACAACCACUGUCGCCAACACUACAACGACAACCUACAUGACGGGUGACAAAUCUGCGGCCACCUCUGCUGCACCCGAUCACGUCUCUGGCGGCGCCAUUACCACAACCACGACGCACGUCGAUGCCGACGGAGACGUAGCCAUGUCCCCAGCCGCAGCUCCCCAUCCAGCUCUCAUCAUCGACCCACGUCUCAUGGCAGCGCUCCACACCGAGCUCGUCACGUAUUCCUCCGGACUCUCGCUCGAACAACUGGAGCAGACGCACGCGGCCAUGAUGCGCGUACUCUGGCGCGACCGCACCGAUUGGAACCGCGACAUGUUGGCGCAAAAGGUCAAGGACGCAUUUAAUGCCUGCGUGCGCGACAUCGAGGCCUGCCAAGGUGUGGACGAUCCCAGCCAACGCUCCCUCCACGGCGCUGGCGGCGCUACGAAAGGCCGGAAGGUCAGCGACGACGCGUGGACGGACGCGACGCCUGCGAGAGGCCCAGGAGGGACCCGGGACCACGGGAUUGCAGAAGACGACGGAGACGAUUCCCGCGUCAUUCGAGGCAGGGAGAUGGAGAGGAGACUCGUCGAUAUCGUCGCUACGGCUGAGGGAAGGAGUCUGCAGGGAUCUUCUUGAAGAAUCGACGCUGGCGUUGAAGCGGGGAGCGCAAACCUAUGACGAUCACGCGUCCCUGCUAGGUAUCAUUGAAGGACGAAUGCAUACGGCAUUGCGGGAUCACAAUGAGAAAUGCAUGUCCUUUCUUUACUGACGUUGUUUCCCUCUAUACAUCUAUGGUCGUCCGGAAACCUUUUCGUAGACAUGUUGCCCAGUUUUCAGAGACGCUCUUUUAUUUCGGGCGCAAUGAAAGAUCAUUGUUCUGUUGUCGUGGCUUCGUUGGCGCAUCGCUCUAUCUACUACAGUCUCCCGUCUGCGUACACACCGCAGCUGAAUGAAGAUGCUGUUACUUGUAUAUAUAUAUAUAUAUAUAUGGAAUGAUCCUUCAGCCAUC